UCGUUAGUGCAAAGGUGGGAUUCGAUUGAUGUUGGCUCUACAGGAAGUGCAUUGUGUUUACGACAGUUGAAUGUUUUUGAAGACAUUGGUUGCAAUUUUCAGAGAAACCGUGUAGCGUAAUCCACAAGGAACCACUUGCGAGGUCCAACAAUAUGUCUAUGUCCCACCUGUACGGGCGGACUGACGAGCAGGAUAAUGAUGGGGUGGAGAUUGAAAAAUUUGAAGUGACAGAAUGGGAUCUGGCAAAUGAAUUCAACCCCGACCGCCGCCGACAUCGACAGACCAAGGAGGAAGCCACUUAUGGAAUAUGGGCUGAACACGACUCGGACGACGAGAGACCCAGCUUCGGAGGGAAGAGGUCCAAGGAUUACUCGGCACCAGUGAAUUUUGUGAGUGCAGGUCUCCGGAAGACUGCUGCAGAGGAGAAACAGCAGCAACGUGAUUCCGAUGAUUCUGAGACCGAAGGAGAUGGCCCUCCACCCCCGCCUCGAGAAACUGCACCCAAGAAAUUGCAAACGGGUGGGAACUUCAAAAGUUCCCAGAAGACAUUUGCUGGUGGUAUCCGAGCCGGGCAGGAUCUGGGGAACUGGGAGAAACACACUCGUGGGAUUGGCCAAAAGUUGCUGCAGAAGAUGGGCUAUGUGCCAGGAAAAGGCCUGGGAAAGAAUGCACAGGGUAUUGUGAAUCCGAUUGAAGCCAAAGUACGGAAGGGUAAGGGCGCAGUUGGGGCAUAUGGCAAUGAGAGGACACAGCAGUCACUGCAGGAUUUUCCUGUGGUCGACUCCGAGGAGGAUGAGGAAAAGGAAUUUCAGCGAGAGUUGGGGCAAUGGCGGCGAGAGCCGGGCACAGGGAAAAAGAAGCCCAAAUACUCCUACAGGACGGUGGAUGAGCUGAAGGCUCGAGGCAAGCUGGCAGGCAGAAGUGUGACUACCCCAGCGGGAGAACUGGCCCAGGUCAAGGUGAUUGACAUGACUGGCCGGGAGCAGAAGGUUUACUACAGUUACAGCCAGCUAAGCAAGAAGCACAGUGUGCCAGAGGAGGCCCCUCUCAGUGUGGCUGCGCGUGACCAGAAGCCCUCCGGCUUCGCCCUGCCUGAGCUGGGGCACAACCUGCAGUUGCUGAUUGACUUAACCGAGCAGGACAUCCUGCAGAGCGCAAGGAGGCUGCAGCACGAGCGUGACUUGGUGGUGUCCCUGUCGCACGAGAGCAGCGUCCUGCAGGAGAAGAUGGCGGAGGAGCAGGACGCUCUGAGUCGCCUGGAGGGGGUGAUGGAGCUGGUGGAGCGGUUUGAGGCAGCCGAGUCCGGAGUCGCGAGUGACCAGGGGGCGCCGCCUCUGACCCUGCAGGAAUGCGCCAACAUCUUCGAGACGCUGCAGAAUGACUAUUACGAGGAGUACAAGUCCCUCGGCCUGGGUGACCUUGCCGUGGCGGUGGUGCACCCCCUUCUGCGGGACCAGCUUCGGGGCUGGGACCCUCUGAAGGACAGUACAUACAAACUGGAGGAGGUGGGGCAGUGGCGAGCCAUUCUAGAAUCUGGCCAGCUUCACCAUAGCAACCCUGACAGCUCCCACAUGGACCCAUACCACAGGCUGCUGUGGGAGGUGUGGAUCCCAGUGAUGAGGACCGCGGUAUCUCAGUGGCAGCCCAGGAACGUGGGUCCUAUGGUGGACUGUGUGGAGAGCUGGGCCCCACUGCUGCCCCUCUGGAUUCUGGACCAUCUGCUGGAGCAGCUCAUCUUCCCCAGACUACAGAGAGAGGUGGAGAACUGGAACCCUCUGACGGACACGGUCCCGAUCCACUCCUGGCUGCACCCCUGGCUGCCGCUGCUGCAGGGGCGACUGGAGCCCCUCUACCCGCCCAUCCGCAGCAAACUGGCCCACGCCCUGCAGCGCUGGCACCCCAGCGACGGCUCUGCCCGCCUCAUUCUGCAGCCCUGGAAGGAGGUCUUCACCCCGGGUGCCUGGGAGGCCUUCAUGGUCAAGAACAUUGUGCCCAAGCUGGCGCUGUGUCUGGGAGAGCUGGUGGUGAACCCCCAUCAGCAGCACAUGGACCCUUUUCACUGGGUCAUGGACUGGGAAGGCAUGUUGUCCCUGUCUAGUCUGGUCGGGCUGCUGGACAAGAAUUUCUUCCCCAAAUGGCUGCAGGUUCUGUGCUCCUGGCUCAGUAACAGCCCAAACUAUGAGGAGAUCACUAAGUGGUACCUGGGCUGGAAGUCCAUGUUCUCUGACACAGUGCUGGCCCACCCCCUGGUCAAGGAGAAGUUCAAUGAAGCAUUGGACAUCAUGAAUCGCGCAGUGUCGUCUGGAAUCGGCGUGUACCUUCAGCCGGGUGCGCGGGAGAACAUUGCCUACCUGACGCACACGGAAAGGCGCAAGGACUUCCAGUACGAGGCCCUGCAGGAGCGUCGGGAGGCAGAGAGUGUUGCCCAGCGCGCCAUUGGUGCAGCAGGCGUGCCGACCAACUUCAAGGACCUCAUCCAAGCCAAAGCAGAGGAGAACAACAUCGUCUUCAUGCCUCUGGUGGCAAAGCGACACGAGGGCAAGCAGCUAUACACCUUUGGCCGCAUUGUCAUCUACAUCGACCGCGGGGUGGUGUUUGUGCAGGGGGAGAAGACCUGGGUGCCGACUUCGCUGCAGAGCCUCAUCGAUAUGGCCAAGUGAUGUGGUCCACAGACCAUAAACACCAGUGUACAAAAAUAAAACUGUCUUUGUUAUUUUUUGUUUUUCCUGUUUUUUUAUUAUCAUCAAGAAUGGGACAGUAGUCAAAUGUGGCCUCCUGGGAAAUGUAGUUGAAGAGCUCUUCUUCUCUGGGUACUGUGGUCAAAAUAUCCUGUCUGGCAUGUUGAAUGAUGUGUGUGAAAUGGCACAUUGACUGAGAGCAAACCCAUCCCCACCCAACAGUGGUUGUGAAUUAAGAAAUACUCCACUAGCAUAGAGCUGUUCAGCUAGUCAGCAAGAAGCAGACUUGCUUUAGUAUUUCCCCACAUUUUCAGGUCUCUGAUCGCUUAUACGAAAUGGAUACCCAAUAGAUUACAGAUGUAUUUAUUUUGUGUAUGUAGAUAUCUUUUUGUGGGUAAGGAAUAUUUCAUUUCACCUAUUUAUAGUGUACCAACUUCCUCCUAGUUAUUUACAGGAACACCUGUUUUAUCCUCGGGGACAGAAUGUCAUCAGCUGCUGGGAUGGGGAACUCUCGGUUAAAUAAACUGGUAGGAAUGUACCUGUAGCUAAAAGACAAGUCCACCAUUACUCUAAAUACCGCUGGCUGGUUCAUCCCAGUGUAAUUCCUGAUUCCCAUCCAUAAUGCAGAAAGUUUCUUGAGAAUGACUAGAGAAAUAGAGGAAGAGAAGUAAUUACAGGUUUAAAAAAAUGUUGUUUUGGUUGCUUUUUAAAUGGGAAUAAAUAAAGUGAUUGCCUGUUUUGAUA